AUGGCCGCAGAGUCUUAUCAGCAAAGCUCAGCUACAGUACAACUGGAAGCCGGUAAAAACUUCAUCCACACUGAUGUGCUUCCUAAACCUGAAGAUACCAUCUUGGAUUUAGGCUGCGGUACUGGCGAGUUGUCUGCCUACCUUGCUGAACUGGUCGGACCAAGAGGUUAUAUCAUUGGCGUCGAUCCUAACUUCAGUCGACUGCAACUGGCCAAGGAAACUCAUCGUCAUGUAGAGAACCUCUCUUUUAUAGAAGGCAACUCAAAUCAGUUCGAAGGCAUGGGCUCUGAAAAGUUCGACAUUAUAUUUUCUAAUUUUGUUCUUCAUUGGAUACCUGAAAAAAGCGAGGCGUUCAGAAACAUGUUGAACAGUUUGAAACCUGGCGGGAAAGUUGCAAUACAGUAUGUGGAUGCCCUACCUCCCUUGCUGGUUUCUUCGCUUGAAAUUUUAAAUCCGGAGACACAUGAACAAUUAAAGAAUAAGUUGCAUCUCGUAAAGAGAGAUGAUGUUGAUCUUAUAUGUACGACAGCAGGAUUUACUGUUGUGAGGAGCUAUUACGCCCGAAAAACUGUCAAUGUUUAUCCCAGCGUGGAAAGCCUUCUACAGUGGCUUGUUAGCACUUCACAAGGAGUUUUUGAUCUACAACUUGUCACCCAAGAAAGAAUUAAGCUAUUGUUGCAGAAGUUUGGAAACCCACCGUUUGACUUCACUGCAAAUGCCUUUGACUGUAAACUUGUUGCUGUGAAACCAAAAUCAUCCCAGACUCUAUAA